AUGAAGACACUGGCCAUGUUUCUACUCAUCUGUGCCGUGAUGGCCCUGACUAAUGCUGCUGGUGAGAAUCACAUCAAUCGGAGAUCAACAUCUUGUCCCAGCGGAUGGAGUGAGUACAAGGGCCGCUGUUUUCUCUUCAUUUCAACAAAGGAGACUUGGGCUGAUGCUGAGAAAGACUGUCUGAACCGAGGGGGACACCUUGCAUCGGUGCACAGGUCUAGUGAGCAUAACUUUAUUCGGACAUAUAUACUGGGCAUCGCUCAUUCAUCUCCACUCACAUGGCUUGGAGGCUCAGAGCAGGAGGGUACCUGGUUCUGGAGUGAUGGUACUUCUUUUGACUUCACCUACUGGGCUAAGGGCCAGCCUGAUGACAGUGGAAGCUGUCUGGUCAUGAACUAUAGAGAUGACAGGAAAUUUGAUGAUGAGCGCUGCUCUAACAAAAAGCCAUUCGUCUGUGCAAUGAAACCGUGA